AAGAGAAAAAAAACACCACAGCCCAGGUGGCCUCGCGACGAAAGCGAGAGACCGAUCGGAAGGGGCCCGAGAAAGCGAGCGGCGAGCGCACCGGCACCGGCACCGGAGAAGAGAUGGCGCGGAGGAGGGGCGGCCCCGCGGCGGCGGCUGCGACGGCGGUCGCCUCGCCGGCCGUUGUCGGGACGGUCGCCGUCAUGGCGCUCGUCUACUACUCCACGCUCUUCGUCUUCCUGGACCACUGGCUCGGCCUCGGCACGCCGGCCGGCGCCGCCCACGCGGCCGCCGUCUCGCUCGCCGUCGCCGCGUGCUUCUUCGCCUUCGUGUGCGCGGCGGCUGCCGACCCGGGCUCCGUUCCCGCCUCCUUCGCUCCCGACGCCGAAGCCGCGCAGGGACAGGGGUUGAAAUCAAGGUAUUGUGAUAAGUGUUGCAUGUUCAAGCCUGAUCGGUCCCACCAUUGCAAGGUCUGCAAAAGGUGUGUUCUGAAAAUGGAUCAUCAUUGUGUCUGGAUCAACAACUGUGUAGGAUAUGGAAACUACAAAGCCUUCAUCAUCUGUGUCCUAAAUGCAACUAUCGGGUCUUUAUAUUCAUUUGUCAUAUUUCUGUGUGAUCUCUUUCUGAAAGAGCAUGAGUUUCAUAUUCUUUAUGUGAAGAUAGUCUAUAUCUUGGCUGGAGUCCUGUUAUUCUUCUUAAGCUUGACAAUAGGCUCUCUAUUAUGCUGGCACAUCUACCUCUUGUGUCAUAACAUGACAACCAUAGAGUACCGGGAGGCGGUAAGAGCAAAGUGGCUUGCAAAGAAGAGUGGGCAGAAAUUUCGCCACCGAUUCGAUCUUGGCAUGCGGAAGAACAUUCAAAUGAUCCUGGGUCCAAACAUUCUUUGCUGGCUUUGCCCUACUGCAACUGGGCAUUUGAAGGAUGGUACCGAGUUCCAAAUCACAAACAACUGAUGGGAUGCCACUCGCCUCAUACUGCCAUGUAGAUUUGCAAGUUAGUUUAUUUUGCUACCAAAUGGUUCGUAGUUAUGUUCCAUUGGCUUUGUUGCCAGCCAGGGAAAAUGUAGAAAUCUUCAGAUCUCCCCUCAAUCUUGUGACAGCAUGUAAAGUUUCCUCCCCCAUCCUAAUCUAAAUGUAUCUGUUUAAUUUUAUUGUGUAAUGUGUAGAGAUAUUUGAGUUUGCUCAAAUGUACUGAAACACUGUAACAUUAUAUUGUGAAGUUAUUUAGAGAGUGUUGCAAUUUUUUCCCAAAUUUGUAUGGCAUACGAACAUAGUGAGUUGUUUUGAGCUUGAACAAUAGUGUACUGAAACAUUGGAUUGUGAAGUUAAUUGAAUA